AUGGCGGACGCUUACCAACCGCAGUCCAAUGGAGACUCUCAGUCGAAGCCACUCUUGGAAUUGUAUGUCAAAGCAUCUGGAAUAGAUGCCAGACGUAUUGGAGCCGAUUUGUUCUGUCAGGAAUUUUGGAUGGAGUUGUAUGCUCUCUACGAGAUUGGAGUUGCUAGAGUUGAGGUCAAAACGGUGAAUGUGAAUUCAGAAGCGUUCAAGAAAAAUUUCUUGGGAGCUCAGCCACCGAUCAUGAUUGAAGAAGAAAAGGAAGUCACUUACACUGACAACCGAGAAAUCGAAGGAAGAAUCUUCCAUCUUGCCAAGGAAUUCAACGUUCCUCUCUUCGAGAAGGAUCCGUCUGUUGAGAAAAGAAUAGAGAAUCUGUACAGAGUGAGUUGAAGGAUAGAAUCUUAUGGGGCUAUUCAGCGUAUGUUUGUUUUCCGUUUUUUUUUCGUUUUUUUACGUCAAAAAAUCCAAUUCAGCGAUGUAAAAAAACGAAAAAAACGGAAAACAAACAUACGCUGAAUAGCCCCAUUAGAAAUUAUGCAUAACUAUUGCGUUUUCAGAACUUCAAGCUUUUCCUCAGAGCCAAAGUGGAGUUCGACAAAGGAAAGAAGGUGCCUUCCGCAGUGGAAGAGUUGCCACCACAGAUCAAAGUUCAUUACAACCGCGUGUGUGAACAACUUUCGAACAUUGACCAGGUUUGCCAUUGAUUUCAUAAAGCAGGUGAUUUCGAAUUGAAAUUUCAGUUGCUUGCUGAGCGGAAGUCCCGCUAUCUGCUGGGUAAUAGCAUGACAGAGUACGAUUGCGAACUUAUGCCACGGCUCCAUCACAUCCGCAUUAUUGGGCUGUCACUUCUUGGAUUUGAUAUCCCUCACAAUUUCACUCACUUGUGGAAUUACGUUCUAACCGCUUAUCGGACUGCUGCAUUCAUCGAGAGCUGCCCCGCUGAUCAAGAUAUCAUUCAUCAUUACAAAGUGAUAAUACUUUCAAAACAUGAUGAAAAUUAACUGAAUAAAUUUCAGGAGCAAUUGAGUUUGUUCACAAAUCAGCGUGAGACUCUUCAAUCGCCGACGAAGACCCACACGAUCCCGGAAAAGGUUCUUUCCGAUAUCCGUAUCAAAGGGCUCGCACCAGACGUAAAUGUGCACUAA